AUCCAAUCCAAUCCAAUCAGUCAGUAGGAAAACUAGGUAACGAACGCAACAGAGUUGCGUUGAAUUAUGAGGGUUCGAGUACCCCGCUGCCGCUUGUUCUCCACCAGAGUUCUGGCUAUCCUACUCCUAGCGGCAGGCCUGGGUGCCUACUGCUACUACCACAGCGCAUCUCCCAAUACAUACCGAAAACCAGAAGCACACUUUGGUGCAGAAGACAUCCUCGGCAAACUCCCGUCGCUCUCUGACCAUCUACCACCCAUACGUUACGAAAAGGAGGCAUCGGAGGCAUGCCCCGUCCUGCGAGACAGCGCAGCCGACAUCGACACCGUGGCCGUCUAUCCGUCCUUCGAAUUCCAGCCGAGCUGGAUGCGCACGAAAGAGUUCUGGGAUAGAACCUUUGAAGAACGCUACGAUAAAAUACGGAACGAUAGUCGGCGGCCCAAGCUAAAGGUUAUUGUGGUCCCACAUUCGCACAAUGAUCCCGGGUGGCUAAAGACCUUCGAAGAGUACUUCGAGUGGAAGACCAAGAAUAUCAUUAACAACAUCAUCAAGAAACUCAACCAGUAUUCUAACAUGACUUUCGUGUGGUCUGAGAUUACAUUUCUGCACGCGUGGUGGGAGAGAGCGCAUCCUGUUAAACAAAAAGCUCUGAAGAAGCUGAUAAAAGAGGGUCGUCUGGAGAUAACCACCGGGGGCUGGGUGAUGCCCGACGAAGCCUGCACACAUCUGUACGCACUGGUUGACCAGUUCAUCGAAGGGCAUCAGUGGGUGAAGAACAAUCUAGGCGUAGUUCCUAAAACCGGAUGGUCGAUCGAUCCUUUCGGCCACGGCCCCACCGUGCCCUACCUGCUGGACCAGAGCGGGCUCGAGGGCGCCGUCAUCCAGCGGAUCCAUUACGCCUGGAAGCAAUGGCUGGCGGAGAGGCAAAUAGAGGAGUUCUACUGGAUGUCAGGAUGGUCCGGUAAAAAACCCUCUCUCAUAGUUCACAACCAACCCUUCGACAUUUAUUCUAUCAAAAGUACUUGUGGGCCUCAUCCGUCCGUUUGUCUGAGCUUUGACUUUAGGAAGAUACCCGGGGAAUACUCGGAAUAUACCGCGAAACAGGAGGAAAUCACGGACGUGAAUCUUCACGUCAAGUCGAAGACCCUUUUCGAGGAAUACGAGCGGAUCGGGUCGCUGACGCCGCACAACGUGGUGCUCGUGCCGCUCGGCGACGACUUCCGCUACGAGUACGCCGUGGAGUUCGACGCGCAGUACACCAACUACAUGAAGAUGUUCAACUACAUCAAUAGCCGCAAAGACAUGUUCAACGGUGAUGUGCAAUUUGGAACACCCUUAGACUAUUUCAGAGCUCUAAAGAAACGACACAAGGCUAUACCGACGUUAAAAGGUGACUUCUUUGUCUACUCGGAUAUAUUUAGCGAGGGCAAACCCGCCUACUGGUCCGGGUAUUACACCACGAGGCCGUACCUGAAGAUCCUCGACAGGCAAUUGGAACAUCAACUAAGAUCAUCAGAAAUCCUUUUCACUCUCGUCUCCAACUAUAUCAAGCAAUCUAAAAAUGCGAAAUUAGUUUCAUCUGAGAAGAGAUUAGAAAAAUCUUACGAACAACUGAUAAACGCGAGAAGAAAUUUAGGACUUUUCCAGCACCACGACGCAAUAACGGGAACUUCUAAAGCUAACGUUAUGAACAACUACGGAACGAAGUUAUUUACAAGUUUGUAUCACUGUAUACGCCUGCAGGAAGCGGCCUUGACGGCCAUUAUGAUCCCUGAUGAGAGCUUGCACUCCCAGAGCGUGCUUCAAAGCGAAAUCGAAUGGGAGACGUACGGAAAACCUCUGAAAAAACUUGAGGUUUCACUUUUUGACAAAAAGAAAAUUAUUCUGUUUAAUCCUCUCGCGGAAUCGAGAACUGAGAUUAUCACUAUCAGAUCGAACACGACAAAUAUUAGAGUGUACGAUACACGGCAAAACGAGUAUGUUCUUUACCAGAUCUCACCAAAUAUAGAAGUCGGCGCUGACGGCCGCCGCUCCAUCAGUGACACUAGUUUCGACGUCCUGUUCGUGGCCACGCUGCCCGCGCUCACUGCUGUCACAUACAAUCUGGAAGAGCACACGAACAGAUCACAUCAUUGCACCGUUUUCUGCAAUAAUUGCGAUACCAACCAAAAGGCAGAUUCUGAUAAAAUUAACAACUUUGUAACAAAACGAAUGAUGCAAGGCGAUAUACAAUUGGAAAACGGUGUUAUGAAACUGCUGGUUGCCAGAAAUACGGGAUUCUUGCGACAAAUUUACAGAAAAGAUUUGAAUAGAAAAAAUGUGGUAGAAAUCCAAUUCGGCGCUUAUCACAGCGCACAGAGACAUUCCGGGGCAUACCUGUUCAUGCCAGAUAAUGACAACCCAGAAAAGGAUGUUCUAGGGCAGUACUCCAACGGGAACAGCGAGCAGGACGACAACAUCUUUAUCGUGUCGGGCCCAGUGUCGACUGAGAUAACUACCAUGUACUUGCCGUUCCUGGUCCACACCCUCAGGAUUUACAACGUGGACGAUCCUGCGCUCUCGCAUGGGCUGUAUGUGGAAAACGUGGUCAACUUCGAGAACCCUCCGAAAAACAGAGAAACCGAACUUUUUAUGAGAAUUCAAACUAACAUACAAAACGGAGACCCACAAGAGUUUUAUACGGAUCAAAAUGGAUUCCAGUAUCAGAAACGUGUUAAAGUUGAUAAGCUGGGAAUCGAAGCUCACUACUAUCCGAUAACUACGAUGGCGUGGUUGCAGGACGAGGAGACCAGGCUGACGCUGGUGACGAACCACGCCCAGGGCGCGUCGGCCUUCGAGCCCGGCCGCCUGGAGGUCAUGCUCGACAAGAGAACACUCUACGACGACUACCGAGGUCUGGGUGAAGGAGUCGUGGAUAAUAAAAUUACACUGUUCCAGAAUUGGCUGCUACUUGAACCGAUGCCUGGGUUACAGAGGACGGUAAGAGAAGCCGGAGCGCAAGAUUUCCGCCAUUCCAAUGAGCGUUAUUUCAGUCCUAACCAAAAACCCUAUACCAAAGAAUCUACAUAUCAGUUGCCGUCACAAACGGCCGAAUAUUUAAGCAGGACGCUCAAUUAUCCAGUGAACACUUUCCUGCUGGACACAAGUGAAGUGGGAGAGGUAGAAGUGAAGUCUCAUCAGACAUUCGUGGAGCACUUCCCGCCCGGGGUGCACCUGGUCACCCUCAGAACUAUCACGGACGACAUUUUGGACCAGUUCCCGAGUUCUUCCUGCUUUAUGGUAUUGCACAGGCCCGGUUAUAGCUGCUCUGUAGGUUCUCAACAAGAAAAAAACACCAAAUUCACAUCUAAAACUUCAUUCACGGGCUUGCGUUUAGAAAAUAUUACUUCAGUAAGUUUGACUGGCUUAAAAACUUACAAAUUCCUGGCUGGAAUGAAAGAUGUUAAGAUAGAUCCUAUGGAAGUAUUAACUUACAAGAUCCGGUUUUGAAGACUGUUAGGUAAAUAAAAAAUAAUGUUAUUAAUAUUAUGUAUUGACGUGACGUGAGAUAGCUUUAACAAACAAGGUUACCUAGCAAGGUACCCUUGUUUCAAGUGUAGGAGAAUUUUGACUGGUCAAA